AUGUCUUCAUUAUAUACCAAGUUGGUAAAAGGGGCGACCAAGAUAAAGAUGGCCCCUCCAAAGCAAAAAUACGUGGACCCUAUUCUCUCAGGAACUUCGAGUGGAAGGGGACUACAAGAGAUUACCCAUGCGUUGGAUAUAAGAUUGUCUGACACAGCAUGGACCAUUGUCUAUAAAGCAUUAAUUGUGAUGCAUCUGAUGAUACAACAAGGCGAGAAGAAUGUCACGUUAAGACACUACUCUCAUAACUUGGAUGUCUUCCAGUUAAGAAAAAUCUCACAUACAUCUAAGUGGUCUUCCAAUGAUAUGAGGGCUUUGCAGAGGUACGAUGAGUAUCUGAAGACACGUUGUGAAGAGUACGGUAAGUUAGGUGUGGACCACCUUCGAGACAGUUACUCUUCGUUAAAGCUGGGAAGUAAGAAUCAACUAUCAAUGGAUGAAGAGUUAGAUCAUGUUGAAUCGUUAGAAAUUCAAAUCAAUGCUUUGAUAAGGAACAAAUACUCUGUUCCUGACUUAGAGAACCAUUUGUUAUUGUAUGCAUUUCAAUUGUUGGUGCAUGAUUUAUUGGGUUUGUACAAUGCCCUUAAUGAAGGUGUCAUUACACUGCUGGAAUCAUUUUUUGAAUUAUCCAUUGAGCACGCCAAAAGGACGCUAAAUCUUUACAAGGAUUUCGUGGAUAUGACAGAGUAUGUGGUUAGAUACUUAAAAAUAGGUAAAGCUGUUGGUUUAAAAAUCCCUGUAAUUAAACAUAUUACUACAAAGCUGAUCAACUCCUUGGAAGACCACUUGAGAGAUGAAACGAGAAGACAGAAAGGGCAAAAUUCCGAACAGCAGCAAGAUAGAAAACAAUCUGCAAUCGUUAGUUCUACAGGCGAUCACGAUAACAAUAAUAGCAACAGAUCUAUGGCGCAGAAAAAACUGGAACAGAUAAGAGAGCAAAAAAAGCUACUUGAGCAACAACUUCAAAACCAACAAUUGCUCAUUUCUCCCACAGUUCCGCAUGAUGCUUAUAACCCAUUCGGAUCUCAACAACAAGGUCUAAAUAAUGACAUCUUCUCAUUCGAGCCGGUCCAACCUCAAGUAACCACCCAAAUACCUCAGCAAACUGCUAAUCCAUUCCUACUCCAACAGCAGGAACAGCCUUUGCACUUGGUAUCUGCAUCUACAAUGCCACUGCAGGGUGAAAUACCGAUAACCCCCAACUUGAAUAGUCAACAGACAGGGUUGUAUGCCUCCAAUCUUCAAUACACUCCAAAUUUCACUGGCUCAGGAUUUGGCGGUUAUACAACCACCCACAACAACGCAGUGAUGACAAGCACAUUAGACCCAACAAAAACGGGGUCCAACAAUCCAUUUUCAUUGGAGAAUAUUGCUAGAGAACAAGGACAAGAAAACUUGCCGGGUUCUCCAAAUCCGUUUACCCUACAGCAAGCACACACUACUCCAAUUCUUGCUCAUAGUCAAACAGGCAAUCCAUUUCAAGCACAAAACAUGAUGACAUCGCCAAUGGGCACAUACGUUACUGGUUCCGCGGCUGGCCAAGUUCAAUAUGCAUCCACUGGUGUGCAAGAGCAACCACAAGUCGUUCAAGGUCAACAGACUGGUUAUGUCAUGGUCCCCACUGCGUUCGUUCCAAUCAAUCAACAACAGCAACAACAGCAGCGUCCGCAAGAAAAUUCUAAUUUAAUAGAUAUAUAA